AUGCGGUUUGUGAAGGAUGUUGCCAAGGACGUUAUCAAGGCGAUGGAGGCGUGUAAGGAACCGGGCUCUAGACCGGCAAGAGUGGAGAGGAUGAUCGGUUGGACACCAGCGAACGAGGGAUGGUUUAAAUUGAAUACGGAUGGUGCGUCUCGAGGAAACCCUCGGUUAGCAACAACAGGUGGAGUCAUCCAAAAUAACUAUGGAGAAUGGUGUGGAGGAUUCGCACUCAACAUUGGACGAUGCACAGCUACAUUGGCGGAAUUAUGGGGGGUGUACUAUGGGCUUGUGAUCGCUUGGGAGAAACGGAUCAUGAAGCUGGAAGUGGAGGUCGACUCGGAGCUUGUGGUCGGGUUCUUGAAGACAGGGAUUGGACCGUCACAUCCACUGUCAUUCCUGGUACGUCUGUGCCAUGGCUCUCUCAAAAGGGACUGGGAGGUCCGCAUUUCGCACGUGUAUAGGGAGACUAACCGUCUUGCAGAUGGGUUAGCAAACUAUGCUUUUACACUGGCUUUGGGUUUUCAUCCUUUUCAUGUACCACCUGCAGAUCUAGACUCUAUUUUGCAGGAUGAUAUUCUCGGAUCUUCGUAUCCGCGAAGUGUUUGUAUUUCUUAA